AACUUCCGCCUACGUCACCGCCUCUCACAACACGGAAUAUGGCGGCCAGCUCGGAUCGAAUUCCUCCUCCUUUCCCUGACACGGAGGAACCGGGAGUCUGUGACAUGGCAGAUGGAGACAGCGACGAGGGCGAGGACAUCUUCGUCAAUAACAGUAAACCUGUGGCUGUGAGUCGAGGAGUUUCUCAACCGGAUAAUGUCACUGAGCAGCCUCCAGAUCUGUUUAGAGAGGAGGAGGAGGAGGAGGAGGAGGCCAGCGGCACGACUGCCAAAUACAACGGAGUUCACUCUGACGAUGACAGCGACCUGUUUGCUGAUGCACAGGUGGAGCCGAGUACCGACAAGGCCGGCAGCUCUGCCAGGAAGGCGCUCUCUCCCUCCUCUGGCCCUCCUCCAUCUUCCUCCGUCACCCAGAGCCCUGCAGCCAUGCAGCCCUCCUCCUCGCAGCAGUUGGAGGAGGAAGAGGACAAGGAUGUUUUUGAUGUCGAUGUUGCCGUCACCAACCCUGAGAAAAUUGGCGAUGGCAUGAAUGCAUAUGUGGCUUACAAGGUUUCCACCCGGACCUCCUUGGCCAUGUUCAGGAGUAAAGUCUUCUCUGUGAGGAGGCGUUUCAGUGACUUCCUGGGUCUUUAUGAGAAGCUAUCGGUCAAGCAGUCACUCCAAGGCUGCAUCAUUCCACCUCCACCUGAGAAGAGUGUCGUAGGAAUGACCAAAGUGAAGGUGGGAAUGGACGACCCGUCCUCUGUAGAGUUUGUCGAGAGAAGAAGAGCUGCUCUUGAGAGGUAUCUCCAGAGAGUAGUGUCUCACCCAUCGCUACUACAAGAUCCAGAUGUCCGUGACUUCUUGGAGAGAGACGAGCUCCCCAGAGCAGUGAGCACACAAGCACUGAGUGGAGCUGGCUUCCUCAAAAUGAUCAAUAAGGCAUCAGAUGCGGUCAACAAGAUGACCAUCAAGAUGAAUGAGUCAGACACUUGGUUUGAGGACAAGUUCCAGGAGGUGGAAAACGAGGAGCAGCAGUUGAGGAAGCUUCAGGUGGUGGUCGACUCCCUGGUGAACCACAGGAAAGAGCUGUGUGGGAGCACUGCGGUAUUUGCCAAAAGUAUGGCCAUGUUGGGAAACUCCGAGGACAACACGGCCCUGUCGCGGGCCCUGUCCCAGCUGGCGGAGGUGGAGGAUAAGAUGGAGCAGCUGCACCAGGAGCAGGCAGCCAGUGACUUCUUCAUCUUUGCAGAGCUGCUGGCCGACUACAUCCGCCUGCUGGGUGCUAUGCGCGGGUGCUUUGACCAGCGUGUGCGCGCCUGGCAGCGAUGGCAGGAGGCUCAGAGCACGCUGCAGAAGAAGAGAGAGGCGGAGGCCAAGCUGCUGUGGGCCAACAAGCCCGACAAACUGCAGCAGGCCAAAGACGAGAUCACUGAGUGGGAGUCGAGGGUGACUCAGUACGAGAGAGAUUUCGACAGGAUUGGUAUGACCGUACGCAAGGAGGUUCUCAGAUUUGAGAAAGAAAAAGCCAAGGACUUCAGGGGCCAAAUAGUCAAAUAUUUGGAUGCAAUGCUGCAGUCUCAACAACGGCUCGUGAAGUUUUGGGAGGCGUUCCUACCUGAGGCCAAGGCGAUAGCUUAAUGAAGAGGGAGACUUUUUUUAAGGAGACCCCAACUGCCUUUUUUCAAACACUUUACCUCUAAACACAAACUGAGGGGACAAUUUCAAAACACAUAAGAAACUUCCAUCCAUUAUUUUUCCUCUUUUUAUUCAUAGUGUAUUCUCUUAUCUUGUACAGUUCUUUGAUAUGAUAAACUGCCGCAAUUACACAAUUUCUUGGGCAGGAGUCCUCGUUUGAUGUUUCUGACUAAAAGAUGGUGUAAAGCAGGAGACCCCCCCCCCCCCCUGACGUAAUAUUUGUAAAAACCCCAUCCCCUUGUCGGUGGGCCAUGUAUUUAUGUCUCUUGCUUGAACCAGACUGAACAUGCUAACACCACGGUGCUGCCCUAGAGUAGCGUUGUCCACAGUUUACAUUAGAAGACAGACGUAUGUGAAUCAUUCCAGUCUAACAGCUUAUGUUGAUGAAUGCAUGUCAGACAAUGUUUUGAUGCACUAAUAUGAAUUGUAGUGUUCUGUACUAAAGCAACACGAUUGACAGCUGAGGACAUUAACAAGGAGCAUUGGCACAUUAUUAGUGCAUCACUUAAUGUAUAUUAGAUCAUAGUAAUCAUAGUAACUAUUUGAACAGGGUGGUCAGAGUUGUUACAAGAUGAUGAGAGAAACUUAAGGUCACAGUGAGUGCAGGUUGAGAAACUGCAACGUUGGUUUGUUGGUAUUUUCUAUGAUGAUGUAUUUACCAGAUUUGUGUUUAUUAUAUUAGUCAAUUUGUUUCACAGCAUUUUUAAGUACUUAAGUUCAAAAGUAAGUCACCUGAAGCUUAAUGACGUUUGUUUGUACACGUGUACAGUACUUGAAUCCAACGUACAGCAACAAAUAUAAUUGGUGACAUGUGUUCGAUAAAUUGGUAAAAAGAAGAAGGAACGCCACAGACGUUGAAGAUACAUGGUCGUUUUUUUUCUCAUUCAGCAUUUGUAGGUGUCGUUUUUCAGUCAUCUUUACGUAACAAGGUGCUUUAUUUUUGUAACCACUUUUCAUUGGCAUAUAUGCUUUCCUGGAAAGACUAAACAGGUAGAUGUACAAAAUAAAUAUGAUUGGUUAACGUUU